UUUACAGCUGACCUUAUUCUGAAAAAAAAUCAAUAUACUACAGAGUUUACCUAUGUCUUUAAAAAUUGGAUUAAUUUGUGGAUCAGGUUUAGAUAAUGCAACACUAAUUGAAGAUAGACAAAUAAAAAGUGUGGAUACACCUUUUGGGAAACCAUCAGAUGAUUUAGUUAUAGGCAAAAUUCAUGGUGUUGACUGUGUUUUAUUGCCCAGACAUGGCAAGGAACAUAACAUACCACCUACGUAUAUCAACUUUCGAGCAAAUAUAUUUGCUUUAAGAAUGGAAGGUUGUACUCAUAUUAUAGUUACAUCUGCAUGUGGAUCUUUGCAAGAUAACAUAAAGCCAGGCCAAUUGGUUUUCAUUGAUCAAUUUAUUGACAGGACUACUCAAAGGGUCGCCACUUUUUACCAAGGGAACAACAACAGUGGCGUGCUGCAUUUCCCAUUGGCCGAACCCUUUUGCCCUAAAAUUAGAGAGCUCCUUAAAAUUACCGCCAAAGAACUGGGAUAUUCUUUCCACGCCAAAGGCACCGCCAUAACUAUAGACGGGCCCCGAUACUCCACACGGGCAGAAAGCAAGAUGUACAAUUGGUGGGGUGCUCACGUUAUUAACAUGACAUUAUGUCCGGAAGUUUGCUUGGCUAGAGAGGCCGGCAUGGGGUACGCUGCGAUCGGCAUGAUCACUGAUUACGAUAGUUUUAAAGACGACGUUGAAGCGGUUACUGUGAAUAUGGUUAUGCAGACCGUUCAAAAGUGUUCUCAAAGGACACUGAAUCUUAUUCUUAAGACAAUUGAACUCAUGAAAACAGUAGAUUGGACUGAGAACAUUAAAAAUAACCAGGAUAUGGUAGAAAAUAAUUUCCAGAGCAAACAAAAAGUAAUUAUACGUCCAGGGGUGAAAUGGCCCCCAUCCGCUGAUCUUAGUGAAAAGAAGGGACAUCCAUAAAAAUUUUAUUUAUUUAUAAUAAAACAAUUAAAUUUAGGGAAAUUCAAUUAUAUUUUCUUUCUAUUACGGUCAAUCUUUUCUUUCUUUUUUUUCUUUCCUAUUGAAAUAAUUUAGUUUUUCGAAUUAUAUAAAUGCACUUCAUUAAUUUAUUCUAAACACAUUAAAAUGAUUUUUAAAAAAUCUAUUGGCAAAUGGUUUUAAUAGUAUUAAUUAAUUAUAAUCAAAUCGUUCCUCAAAAUAUUAAUAUUGAUAUCAUUAGAAUAAAUGUGGCUUUUUUUAAAAAUAAACUUUGAAAAAAAUAUAUUUGUGGUGCAAGCGUCUAAAACAUUCUAAUACCACCAGAUUCAUGGAUAUUAAUUAAAUUGUCAUAGGAAUCUAGUUAUUACCUAACAAACCAUUUUUUGUUUAUCAAUAAAUACUCCAUAUUUACCAUAAUUAUAUUUGUAAAUUAUCAAAUAUUUUUAAUUUAACAAUUUUGUUCAAUCAAUUACGUGCCUUAUCUUAAUAUUUCAUUGAUGUUUUUAAAAGAAAUUAGUUUUAUCAAUACCUAGCCUUGUUCUAAAUAUGCAAUUAUUUAUC